AUGCAUUUCAUCUCCCUCAUCGCCAUCUCCCUCACGACCGCCAUAACAACAGUAUCCGCUUAUCCCAUCACCGGAGACUCAGUCAACUGCCGCUCGGGACCAGGAACAAGCCACGCAGUCCUGAAAACGUACAAGAAAAGCCAAGAUGUCAAAGUAACCUGCCAAACGACCGGCACUGCCGUCUCCGGCAACAACAUCUGGGACAAGACAUCCGACAACUGCUACGUAGCGGACUACUACGUGAAAACCGGCAGUUCGAGCUACGUGACCACGCCAUGUGGCAGCAGCAGUGGCGGCGGCGGUAGUAGCGGCACCGGAAAAGCCAUCAUCGACGCCGCCGAGAAAGAGAAAGGACUGCCGUAUGUCUGGGGCGGCGGUGGAUGCAAGGGACCCUCGAAGGGCGGCUUCGACUGCUCUGGUCUGACGCAGUAUGCUAUCUGCCAGGCGUUGAAGAAGACGAUUCCGCGUGUUGCGCAAGACCAGUACGAUACUAGUAUGGGGAAGCGGUAUCCGCGGUCGGAGGCUAAGGCUGGGGAUCUUUUGUUUUGGGCUACUGGAGGUGAUUGUAAGAACAAGGUUGCGCAUGUUGGGAUUUUCAUUAAGGAUGGGUUGAUGAUCAAUGCUGCGAGGACUGGGACGCCGGUGAGAGAGCAGGCUAUUUGGACUUCUUAUGGUGGGGAGAGUAUUUGUCCUUAUGUUAUGAGAUUUACCUGA